UACAAGUCUGCUUUUUGGUGUAUACAGUCCCCCCAAGGGGUUCUUUGGACACACACAGUAUUCAUGUAUUCUCUGUUCGUCCAUUCUGUGAGACAUUAAAGUUGUGAUUUUGUGUGCAAAUGUAAUAUCCAUAACACUGGAAUGGCCCUAAAAAACAAAUACAAGCAGUAUACUAAACUAUUACACAUGUACAAGAAUAGCAAGCUCCUUCAUCACAUCAGCUUGAAGCAUUUAAUCAAGUUACUUGUUGAACCUACAUUCAACCAAAACUUCAAUCACUUGCUUACUGCACAGCCCACGGGAGAGAUAUCGGUGUGAAAUUGGAUUUGUAGAAUGAGUGGAGUUAUUUUCCAAACCAGAGGUAGUACUCACACUGAUGUUGUUUAUGUGGCGUUCUGCGGUAGUGGUCCAGCUCCUGUCUGAAGGUCUCUGUUGAAGAGCAGCACAGGGUCCCCUGUCUCCAUUAGGUGGGGCACCUCUGUGGAGGUAUGUGGCCCCCUCCAGAAAACCUCUCUCUGGCAUUAGCGUUCAGCAUAGAUGGCUUCCUCUGAGGAACUCAACACCAACCCUCCCUCUAUGUAGGGCAGUGGCUUGGAGAGGGUCGAACGCUUCAUAAGAUGGAGAAGGUGGGCUUUGGGAGGGAGAUGCAGGGGAUCCUAUCCAUCAUCAGGGAGGAGGGGGAAAUCGGGGGCGGACAUAGUCACUUUUGGCUUUACUCCCCGUGACAUCAUACCGACGAAUCUUCAUCCCCCAGUAACUCACUGAAACUUCAAAAAAGCUCUGGGCUUCAAGAAUAGGGAGGGACAGGAUAGGGACUCUUUACUGAGCUCACAAACAUCAUGUUUAAGUUCAGAGUUCUCCUGCUUUAGGCUGCUCAGAGAUCCUUAACUCCAAUCUUCCUCUUUUCACAGACGCUCUACCUCUCCUCCUCAGUCUGUCUCAAAACGUUGUAUCAUCAGAGACUACAUCAGUAGUAGCCUAGAUUCGAUGGAUAAACGAGGCUAAAAUAGCUAUUAUUGCUGAAACUUUAAAGGCAAUAAAAAACAAUUUCAAUGUCGUAAAAAUGAUCAUGCGACUGACCCAAUUCCGACACUUCCGGUUUCUGUCAUCAACAUCAUUUACGCUAAUUUCAGUAAAUCCAAAAGUGUCAAUGAUAGAUUGGUGAGUUGCUUGAACAAAGUAAUCCACUUCAACAAGGAAUGAAAUCUCACAACUGCAAGACACAAGCAACAAAUGAGCAACAAUUGCACUCAAUGGACGUAUUGCCACGAUGUGAGAAACAAAUGCAAAGUGUCGCCUAAUUUGCAUCGCAACAAUGCUAGUUUGCAACCACCAUAGCUAGCUAACUUUAAAUAUUAACAGUUAGGUUGUUACAGUCAGUAGCUUGUUAUUGUAAGCUUUGUUAGAUUUGACAGUAAGCAAGGUUUGACAUGGAAUGUAUGUUGCUCUUGGUCGGAUAGCAACAUAGCUAGUCAUACAAUAUUUUGAGUACCAGUUUACUAGUUAGCUAACUAGCUAGUAAAGAGCUAGCUACCAGUUUAGCUCAUUUCCCCAGUGCAUUGCUAGCGAACGUUAGCUAGCUAGUUGUCAACAGGAAGUACAACACUUCACACAUUUAGCGAAAUACUUUAAGUGGUAAUCUAGCUAGUCUGUUAACGUUGGUUUUGGUCAGAUUUGAAUGGAGAACCAACUUUGACCGUCCAUUUUGUUUGUUGUCAUUAUCUAACGUAAGCUAGUUAGCUCAUUAACACGAGUUGCAAACUUGAGUUAAAGUGACUCUUAAGCCUAAAUUCAAAAUGUGGCUCCAGCAAAGACUAAAGGGCCUACCAGGUGUGCUGUCAAGCAGCUGGGCUAGAAGAAUGCUCAUUGGACUGCUGGUUUUCCUCAUCUUCUACUGGUACCUUAGCUCAGAGGGCGCUUUGAGGUUGUUUAGUGGCUCAGGCCAAUCAGGGGGGCCUGCCGGACAAUGCCUCCAGACUGAGAUCCACAGGUGGAAGUCACUGGUGGACCGGGGGGAGGGCAUCUACAGCACUCCCCAGGAGAAAGCGGUCACGCCUUUUGUCACAGGUAACGGCCAUUUCCUGGUGGACAUUGACUCCAACAGACUGUGGGUGGCCUCGUCCUCCCAGCCCGGCUCGGCCCCUGUCCACCAGACUGAGUAUUCGCCCAUAGUGGGUGUCCACCUCCCUGGGAAGCGAGCCGAGGCGAGUGCAACCAUGCUCUGGUUCCGCAAAGGGGCUGUCCUGUCCGUCCACUGUGUCCUCCCGGGGGACAGCUCCGGGUCAGCCCGUGACUGCCUCACCGUCCGAGAGGAGUUCAUCGCCCACCGCAGCCGGCCCAACGUCUACCUCCAGAGGAUCCACGUCAACAACCCCUCGGAGCGGGCCGCCACCCUGGAGGUUUCCACUGAACCGUCCUUGUUCGGGAGCAAGUUCUCAGCCAGCGUGGAGAAGGUGGAGGAAAAAGAGGUGGUGUUGUCGUCAGGCCGCGUGGUUCUGCCGGAGAAGAACCAGAUAUUGCUGGUGGUGGUGGCCACCAAGAAGCUGGGCAGCCGCAUCCAGGUGGCGGCCAAGUCGGAGUACGCAGAAAGUGUGCUGUCGGUGGUGUGGACGUCGGAGCCCAUUGAGUCGACCAAGUUGCAGGAGACCUUCACUAGGCUUAGAGAGGGGGCCAAGAAAGAGCUGGGCGAGCUGCUGAGGGCUAACAUAGAAGAUCUGGUCCAGGACCACCAACAGGCCUGGAUGGACCUCUUCAUCUCUGGGGUGGAGAUGCGUAAGAUCACUGACGCGCAUACGCCGUCCAGCGCCACGGUCAACACCACACUCUACUACGUCCUCUCGGCCUCGCCGGCACCCCUGCUCGACCGCCGUCUGGGCGCUGAAGAACGCGCCCGUCUGGAAUCCAGCCUCAACUACGCCGACCACUGCUUUAGUGGGCAUGCCACCAUGCAUGCCGAUAACCUGUGGCCAGAGCGGGUCAGCAGUGUGGCCCAAGUCCUGCAGCUGGUCACCCUGUGGACCCUCACCCUGCAGAAGAGGGGUUGCAAGGUGCUUGUGGCGGCAGGUGCCCAUGGCGUCAUGCAGGGCGCCGUACUCAGCUUCGGAGGCCUCUCCUUCAACGAAAACCACCUGCAGUUCCAGGCGGACCCGGACGUGCUGCACAACAGCUACGCGCUGCGAGGCAUCCACUACAACCAGGACCUGAUCAACCUGGCUGUGCUUCUGGACGCCGAGGGCAAGCCCUUCCUGCACGUGUCGGUCAAGCCCUUCCUGCAUGUCUCGGUCAAGCCCCAGGAGAAACCCGUAGCUCUGUACGCCUGCGAGGCGGGAUGCCUCAACGAGCCGGUGGAGCUGACGUCGUCAAUGGUAGAGUCCAAGGGCCACGUGUUCCCGGUGAUGGUGACGCAGCCCAUCACACCACUGCUCUACAUAUCCACGGACCUGCGCCACCUGCAGGACCUGCGGCACACACUGCACCUCAAAGCCAUCCUGGCACACGAGGAGCACAUGGCCAAGCAGGACCCGGGCCUGCCCUUCCUCUUUUGGUUCGGCGUGGCUUCUCUCAUCACCCUUUUCCACCUCUUCCUCUUCAAGCUCAUCUACAAUGAGUACUGCGGCCCCAGCGCCAAGCCCCUCUUCAGGAGCAAGGUGACGAAGCCAAGUGAGGAAAUGGAAGCUUAGGAAGCAGCCAUGACAUCACAGGUGCAGAGUAGCAGCCAGCGAUGGCAGCAUGAGACAAAUUACAUUUCCAGAAAGUGUGUUACUGUACAUGUCAUUAUUUGUCAAUGAUUUGUAUUGAGAUGGUCAUCAAUGUUUGACUUUCGACAUGUUGGAGCUGAAUUCAGAGAAAGAAGCUCACCUCACCUGAUGACCUCUUUCAUUGGCAAGGCUAACGAAAGUCUGUCACUGUUUACAAUGCUUCCAUUUGUUUUGGCUGGAUGACUCCCUCGGUUUGAACGAAGAAUAGGGAUUCUAUUUAUAUGGUUCUAGACAUAGCUUUGUUUUGUUUCUACCAUAUAGAAUUCUGAAAAAUGUCAGUUAUUCCUUCACCUUUUUUCAAGAUGGUGGAAUCCUAACCCAAGCCCACACAUAUAUUUUACCCUGCGAUCAUAACCAAGUGGGAUGGUGGUAUUUACCACAUAUGACUGGGGAAAAUCCACUUGAAUGCCCCUCCAACUGGUAAUUACUAGAGGAAAAUGUAUUUAUCAUCCCUGAGCUCCUACUUCUCCCACAUGGUGACCUCUGACGUCACCCACUAAGGAAAUGACCUCGAUAACAACAUUUUCGGCAAUUUAAUCCAACAAAACAUUAUUUAUAAAAAGCAAUCUAUUAAUAUUGUUUUUGAACACUAUAAUUUGAUAAACUAAAAGAACAGCUAUUAUGCUGUGGUUGACUCAGCUUGUUGGGUUGGCAGCGUAGCCUAGUGGUUAGAGCGUUGGACUUGUAAUCGAAAGGUUGCAAGAUCGAAUCCCCAAGCUGACAAGGUGCAAAAUAUGUCCUUCUGCCCCUGAACAAGGCAGUUACCCCACUGUUCCUAGGCCGUCAUUGAAUAAAGGUAAAUUGUUGGCCAUUAGCCAAUCUGCAUUUGUCAAUGAGUUCAAUGCAUGUGAAUACAUCCAACUGGUAUUUACGACUUCACAAGUGGUUAUUAUCGCAACUUUAAGAUAGGAUUAGUCCCUAAGAAAUCAUCUCCAUUAAAAAUGGAUUGAGAUGUAAACAUUGACAUUUAAAUUAGUUAUUUUAGUUGGUUUACUUAAAUGGGUUUUGUAGCCUGUAUGUUUCCAGUUUCCACUUCGCACUGUUCACUCUGACACAUUAAACCAAUAGAAUUACAUUUGGACAUGUAGUAGAUUUUCUACUUCAUACAGGCUACUCUUAACAUUUAAAUGUUAGGUUAAUUAAUCCACCAUGAUUUAGUGAAUUUAUGCACAUUAUCUUAAUGUUGUUUAAAUACUCCACAGUUACUAGAUAAACUGAGUUUCUACAACUGAUUUAUUGUGAAGUGUGACUUAAUUGUUUUCUUCAGUUUUUUGUGUGUUUUUUUUGCAUUUAUUGUUCAUCUUUGUUUAUAUAGCAUUUUUAAGGGCUUUUUUCGAAUCUGUUUUUUUGUCUGUAACUAACUACUGAGUGUGCCUUAACAAGUUUAAUUUAUUCUGAUUACACCUAGAAUUUGGUUGGAUUGUAUUUGAAUAUUGUAUGAAAAUGUGAUUUGGGAGAAAAUAAAAAUGUACGUUGUAAGUUGAUUUCAAUUUGGCUAAAAAAUAAAUGUAUACAAAGA